AUGGCUUCUACAACAGGAUCGCCGUCCCGGGGUGCCCCCGGUGCCAUUCGCACCCGCAAUAAGAAUGCCGCCAGCAUCGCAAAACGGGCCUGCGACCAAUGCAAGUUCCGUAAGAUCAAGUGUAGCUUAUCGCAACCCUGCAAGGCCUGUCAGGCGAUGGGCUUUGAUUGUACAUUCCUCCAACCGCAGAAGAAGCGCGGUCCAACGGGCCAUCGCGUGUCGCAAAUCCGAAACCAGCAAACUCAUAUCAUCUCUCGAGAUCCCUCGGAGACUCCGAUCUCCAAACAAGAAUCUUUCCAGUAUCAUGUCCCGACCUCGUCGGUGGAACCCGGCCGGCCCGUGUCCAUCCCGGGGACAUCCUGGGCAGGCCCCCAUGGCGACGUCACGAUGCCAAUGGAUGGGGCAGCUGUACUAGCACCAACCGGUCAACCAUCAGCCGUGGUAGACGCCUGGGCUGCCGAUGCCGCGUCUAUGGACUCACAUGCCAACAGUGCCGCUGUGGGUUGGAACGACCGGCAAGACGUUGAAUACUGGCUUCCGGACCACCUAGGCACCCAAGUACCAGUGUUCGAAUUCCCCGGAAGUAACAUAUACCUCAAACCAUCUCUCCCCUCCAUCAUCCAACCAGUCCCCGACGCCUCGGCCAUGAAUAUGUCCCCGCAGGAUCAUCAAAGGAUGGCAUUCUCCCCAGCGGUGGGAUCAUCGAUCCAAUCUGAUAGCCAAGACGCAGACGAAUUCUGGCCUGCGGCUAUCAAUGAAUCGAACAUGAUACCUUGGAUCGAUGUAUACUUCGACCGAUUACACCCCACCCUUCCGGUUCUCAGUCGCUCUUCCCUCUUCACCCGCAUGAUGUCUCAGGAGCAUCGCAAAAAUCCCCAGUUCGGAGCAAUGUUGCUUUCGCUGUGUGCGUUUUCUUUGACGCAACCAAUCGAGAUCAACGAACGUGCAACGACUUCGUCACGUGCCACACAGGCACGUUCCAUGAUGCACGAGGCCACCAAAAUGCGGAGUUGUUCCGACUUUGGCGAAAAUCCUACCAUUGAGGCAGUUCUGACGAGUUUCUUUCUUUUCGGUUGUCUUUUUGGUAGCAAUCAGCACAAUGCUGCUUGGCUUCGGUUGCGAGAGGCGUUAGAUCUCGCCUCCACACUCGGACUCAAUGACCCUGAAUCAUAUCGUGACUUAACUGGGGAUGAAAAGGGCCAACGAUUGCGGACAUAUCUUGUUUUAUCAAUUACAGAAAGAGCAUAUGCUCUUCAGCGGCUUCAUCCGGUAACAUUUUCCGGGAAACCGGGAUUCAGCAUGCGCUCUGUGCACGAUUUUCUUCACAAUGCAACUCACAGUCUAGUCUCGGGUAUUAUUGUUCACAACGAGAAAGAUGCCGAAGGAAUGAUGGGCCUAGCUCGACUGAUGGAGUUAUUCGAUGUCAUCGACGAAGACAUCAUACACUGCUGGAAUCAACGAUGCGACAUCAGCAAGGGAUUUUGCACAAGAUUCACCGAGGCCAAAGCACUGUCGAUGUAUGACAGCCUAGAAAAAAUCAGCCAAGCCGAGCGAUUCAAAGGAUACGACUGGUUCGAGAAAGCAAGAGGGGAUCGAAAUGACAACAAUGCUCUUCUGGCCAUGGGAUUGCGUGAAACGCAGGCCGCAGAUGUAUUCAUCACUCAGAGAUGGAUUCAGAACCGUGUUUGGCUCUUGUGUCUGAAUCAUGGCUUUUUACGGUCCCAUUCUGAGCGACCUGAUCUAACAUUUGGUUAUGCCGUCUCUGUCGCCGAAUCAACAUUACAACUCUGCCGAUCAUUGAAACUUAGCUCGAUGGAAGCCCACGGGAUUGGAUUUACCGAGAAGUUAUAUGAUAUUGCAGUUAGCGCGACCGAUAUUCUCUGUAACAUCAACCCACCCUAUGGGACCGGAAUGGCGCCAUUGGGUAAUUUCACCGACUCGAUACCCACAACUUCGAACCCGCAGACCCUGGCUGAAGAUUUCCUACUACUAUUGCACAGUUUCCGAGGUGGAAAUCACCCCUUCUUGGAAAAAUAUAAGGCCCACCUUCAGUCGCUACAGAUUCCGAGCGGAAAGGUAGCUUGGGCUACGCAAUGA